AUGCCUUCUUCUUUGACAAAAACCGAAUCUAACUCAGAUCCUCGAACAAACAUACAGCAGGUACCAAAAGCCUUGGACAAAAAUGUAACUAAUAGCGGCAACUUGGAUUCGACUUCUUCUUCGACAGGGUCAAUAACAGAGGACGAAAAAAGAUCAGAACCGAAUGCAGAUUCCAAUAACAUGACAGGGGGCGAGCCAAUUGACCCAAGAGAUCUCGAUUGGGACGGGCCCGAUGACCCAGACAAUCCGCAUAAUUGGUCCUCUUUGAAGAAAUGGUAUACUACUAUGACUUCAGCUUUUCUUUGUUUGGUCGUCACAAUGGGUAGUUCCCUAUAUGUUUCUUCCGUACCAGAAUUGGUAGAAAGAUAUCACGUUAGUCAGACUUUGGCGCUUGCUGGUUUAACUUUCUAUCUUCUGGGUUUAUCGACUGUCAUCGGCGCUCCAUUAAGUGAAGUGUUUGGUCGUAAGCCUGUCUAUUUAUUUUCCCUACCUGUGUCAAUGCUUUUCACCAUGGGUGUUGGGUUAUCCAAUGGCCACAUGAGAAUAAUUCUACCCCUAAGGUUUUUAUCAGGUGUCUUUGCAUCCCCCGCCUUAUCCGUUGGAUCAGGUACCAUCCUGGAUAUCUUUGACGUGGACCAGGUCUCCGUCGCAAUGACAUACUUUGUUCUAUCUCCAUUCUUAGGGCCAGUUUUAUCUCCUAUUAUGGCAGGAUUUGCUACUGAAGCCAAAGGCUGGCGUUGGUCUGAAUGGAUCCAAUUGAUUGCGGGCGGUCUAAUCUUGCCAUUUAUUGCGCUCAUGCCAGAGACCCAUAAAGGUAUUAUUUUAAGAAAGCGUGCCAAGAAGAGAAAUAUAGCCUUGAAGAAGUUCAGCAGGGAAGCUCAGAAAGAAUUUUUAAAAACCACUGUCACUAUUACAAUCUUAAGGCCUUUAAAAAUGCUUGUCGUUGAACCUAUUGUAUUUGUUUUCAGUGUUUAUGUCGCUUUCAUAUUCGCCAUUUUAUUUGGAUUUUUCGAAGCAUACGCUGUCAUUUAUCGUGGUGUUUACCACAUGUCUAUGGGGAUAUCUGGCUUGCCAUUUAUUGGUAUUGGUGUCGGGUUAUGGAUAGGUGCUUUCUUUUACCUUUACAUCGACAGAAAAUAUCUCUUCCCUAAACCACCAGCUGGCACUCAACCACUCACCGAAAAAGAGAGAACUUCUAAAAGGACUACCCCUUACAGAGGUGCAAGAGACGCUGAAACAGGUGAAUUGCUACCCGUUGUUCCAGAAAAAUUUUUAAUUGCCUGUAAAUUUGGUUCUGUAGCUUUGCCUAUCGGCCUGUUUUGGCAAGCCUGGACUGCUAGAUCAGAUGUCCACUGGAUGGCUCCUGUGGCUGCCGGUGUGCCAUUUGGUUUUGGUUUAAUUUUGAUUUUUUUCAGCGUUUUAAUGUACUUCUCUACAUGCUAUCCGCCAUUAACUGUGGCAUCCUGUUUGGCUGCCAAUAAUCUAUUAAGAUACGUUAUGAGUAGUGUAUUCCCAUUGUUUACCAUCCAAAUGUACACAAAGAUGAAAAUCAAAUGGGCAAGCACUUUAUUUGCAUUAGUUUGCGUUGUGAUGAUUCCAAUUCCAUGGGUUUUUGAAAAAUGGGGGAGCAAAUUAAGACACAAGUCACAAUUUGGUUAUGCCGCCAUGGAAAAGGAGGCUGAGACCGAAGGUGGUAUAGAUGACGUAAAUGCUGUCGAUGGUGAAUUGAAUCUAACAAGGAUGACCACGUUAAGGACCAUGGAAACAGACCCUUCGACUAGAGAAAAACCAGGUGAAAGGCUAUCUCUGCGCAGGACCCAUACGCAGCCCGUUCCUGCCUCGUUUGAUCGCGAGGACGGGCAACAUGCGCAAAAUCGUAAUGAACCCAUUUCCAAUAGUUUAUACUCAGCUAUCAAGGAUAAUGAAGACGGUUAUUCGUAUACGGAAAUGGCCACCGAUGCUUCCGCCAGAAUGGUUUGA